UGCCCGGCGCGGGGUGCUGGAGGCGGUUCCUCCCCGCGGCGGAGGCGCACACGGGCGGCCUUGGUUUGGCUCGGUUCUUUCUCCGCUCGGCUCCCGCGGCCGUCCCUAUGGCGCUGUGCAACGGAGACGCCAAGGGGAGCGAUUAAUCUCGUAAAACCUUGGAGCGCCGGAGCGAGGUCCUGGCUGCGGCUCGUUGCGGUGCCGGUUGUGCUGCGGCCUCGCGGGGCCGUGAUGGAGCCAGAGAACACUGGAGGAGAGCUGAAGGACGGGCAGCACCACUACGAGGGAGCUGUCGUCAUCCUGGAUGCUGGUGCACAGUAUGGGAAGGUCAUCGACCGCCGGGUGCGUGAGCUCUUCGUCCAGUCCGAGAUCUUCCCCCUGGAGACGCCCGCCUUCGCCAUCAGGGAGCAGGGCUUUCGAGCUAUCAUCAUAUCUGGAGGACCAAAUUCUGUGUAUGCUGAAGAUGCACCAUGGUUCGACCCAGCAAUAUUUACAAUAGGAAAACCAGUUCUUGGGAUCUGCUAUGGCAUGCAGAUGAUGAACAAGGUGUUUGGAGGUACAGUGCACAAGAAGAGCGUCAGAGAAGAUGGAGUGUUCAACAUUACUCUGGAUAACACGUGUUCACUGUUCAGGGGCCUUCAGAAGGAAGAGCUUGUGCUCCUCACUCAUGGGGACAGUGUGGAUAAGGUUGCUGAUGGAUUCAAAGUGGUUGCACAGUCUGGGAACAUUAUAGCAGGUAUAGCAAAUGAGUCUAAAAAACUCUAUGGAGCACAGUUCCACCCUGAAGUUAGCCUUACAGUGAAUGGAAAAAUGAUCCUGAAGAAUUUUCUGUAUGAUAUCGCGGGAUGCAGUGGGACCUUUACAGUGGAAAACAGAGAACUUCAGUGCAUUCAAAAUAUCAAAGAGAAAGUGGGCUCAUCAAAAGUUCUGGUUUUACUCAGUGGAGGUGUGGACUCAACUGUUUGCACUGCUCUGCUGAAUCGUGCUUUAAACCGGGAUCAGGUGAUAGCUGUACAUAUAGACAACGGAUUUAUGCGCAAACGAGAAAGUCAGUCUGUGGAGGAGGCACUGAAAAAACUUGGGAUUCAGGUUAAAGUGGUGAAUGCAGCUCAUUCUUUCUAUAACGGUACAACAACUCUGCCAAUCUCUGAUGAAGACAGAACUCCACGUAAAAGAAUUAGCAAGACCUUAAAUAUGACUACAAGUCCUGAAGAAAAAAGAAAGAUUAUUGGUGACACGUUUGUUAAGAUUGCCAAUGAAGUUAUUGGAGAAAUGAAUCUGAAACCUGAAGAGGUUUUUCUUGCUCAGGGUACCCUCAGACCUGAUCUCAUUGAAAGCGCUUCCCUUGUUGCAAGUGGCAAAGCUGAAGUAAUCAAAACUCAUCACAAUGACACAGAGCUGAUUCGAAAGUUAAGAGAAGAGGGUAAAGUUAUAGAACCACUAAAAGACUUUCACAAAGAUGAAGUUCGAGUGCUAGGAAGAGAGCUUGGACUUCCCGAAGAGCUGGUUUCAAGGCAUCCCUUCCCAGGUCCAGGUCUGGCAAUCAGAGUGAUAUGUGCUGAGGAGCCUUAUGUGUGCAAAGACUUCCCUGAAACAAACAACAUCUUGAAAAUAGUUGCGGAUUUUUCUGCGAGUGUUAAGAAGCCACAUACUUUGUUGCAAAGGGUCAAAGCGUGCACGACUGAAGAAGACCAGGAGAAACUGAUGCAGAUUACAAGCCUACAUUCACUGAAUGCCUUCUUGUUACCCAUCAAAACUGUGGGAGUGCAGGGUGACUGCCGCUCGUACAGCUACGUGUGUGGGAUCUCCAGUAAGGAUGCCCCACACUGGGAGUCCCUCAUGUUUCUCGCCAGGCUCAUACCUCGCAUGUGCCACAACAUCAACAGGGUUGUGUAUGUGUUUGGUCCACCAGUCAAAGAGCCUCCCACUGAUGUCACACCCACAUUCCUGACAACAGGAGUCCUCAGCACUUUACGUCAAGCUGACUUUGAGGCUCACAACAUUCUCAGGGAGUCUGGCUAUGCUGGAAAAAUUAGCCAGAUGCCAAUAAUCCUGACCCCGCUGCAUUUCGAUCGGGACCCGCUGCAGAAACAGCCGUCCUGCCAGAGAUCCGUGGUCAUCCGGACGUUUAUUACGAGCGACUUCAUGACUGGGAUUGCAGCAACUCCUGGUAAUGAGGUUCCAGAAGAGGUUGUAUUAAAAAUGGUGGCAGAGAUAAAGAAGAUUCCUGGCAUUUCUCGGGUGAUGUAUGACUUGACAUCAAAGCCACCAGGAACUACGGAGUGGGAGUAAAUAACUUUUUUUUACUGAAGUACUGUGUGCAGUCUAAAUCAUAUCAGAAACCAUUCCCAGUGUUGACAUGCAGUACUGUGAAAGAGUGACUGGAGCUGCUGCAUCCCAUCUGACUCCUCUCCUGGAGCGCAGGGCGGCGGUGACGAGCAGUGCAGGGAUAACAGAGUGGGGCUGAGGAUUUGUACGGGUAAACGAUGGCGGCGUUGCCUGUGUGCAGACAGAUUCCCAUUGCUUUGGCCUUUGUCUUACUGAUUCUUCCCAUUCCCACGUGUUCCAGUUGUUAACUGUCAUUUCGACUUGUCUUUGGUUUUGUACACUGUGUAAAAAGAGACAGCUUAUUUACUUCUACCAAAAGCAUUGUUACAGCCUAAAAAUGUAAAAUGAAUUCUUUGUGACCAACUGCUUUUGAACAAAUUUAUUAUAAAUAAAUAUUUUGCCAAAUGGA